AUGUGCCAACCAAGCAGUAUGAAGGAUCAAGUCAAGCUACCAAAAGAAGAUGAUGUUCCCCCGAAUUUUCUGGCAAAGAGAUGGGUGGGCUUCUACCAUGCAGUUCCUAGGAUAAACUUUCCCUUUACCGAACUGGAUAUUUCCAUUUCCCUCUGCAGUGCAGUCUUCCUCACGGUGGUGCGAUAUACCAUUCUAUUUCUCAUGAGGACUCAGUUGGACUGGCCCAAGGAUGACAUUUUGACUGUUGGUUCCCUCGCUGCCAUUGUCCACUCCUUGAUUCUGGUUCCAGGUCUGGGCGUGGCGCUCACGUCACAGCCAUAUCAGCCCACAGCCCAUAUCUCGACAUAUCCACAAUGGUGGCAAGAUCUCGUUGACGCGCUGCUGCAGUUCUGUACAGGGUACAUGGUCUAUGACACGUGCACAUCCUAUCUGAUUUCCAAAGGACCCUUGAAUCUCCAAGGAGCCGAUUUUCUUUUCGUGGGACACCAUAUUGUCACAACCGUCUACAUGACCCAGUGUCGAGUACUCCAAGCAGGACAUACAUCUGCCAUGAUUUGCAUGUUUUGGGGGGAGUUUUCCAAUCCCUUUCAAAAUGGUACCUACACUCUUUCUAAGGCUAUGCAGUUGCCCUGCUGCAAUGGUGCUUUCACGCAGCAACUCCAUUCUGUUAUCCAGUUCUUCUUUGCUCUCACCUAUUUUGGGAUUCGAGCCAUUAUUGCUCCCGUCUACUUUGCCCACGUCACGUACUGUUUGCUAUUUGCAAACACAAGGACAAAUAUCCCCUUGGUGACUCGAAUCUUUUGGAUAGUGAUGAUUUGGGGAGUUGAGGCGGGAAGUUAUGCUUGGAUUGUCAAUUGCUUUUACAUGCUUCAGUCAUAUGUUGGGAUGACACCUGCUGGGGAAUUUACCAACGAACUAUAG